AUGAAAUCGUCUGGCUCCCCUUGCCCCCUUGAUCAGCUUUCGAUAAUAUGUUUUAAGCGAUGUCCUUAUCUGAGAACUUACCUCAGUGAACUAAUUCAUGAAGUUUGGCUGUCUGGAACUGUCCCGAAUGAAUGGAAAAAAGCCUGUACUAUAUUAAUACAUAAGAAAGGUAACACUGAUGACCCGUCAAAUUUCCGUCCCAUAACACUUGAGUCUAUACCAUUGAAAGUAUUUACAUCUUGUCUUCGAAACGCAAUAUAUUCCUUCCUCACAUCCAAUAACUUUAUCGAACACGGCAUACAAAAGGGCUUCACCCCUAACCUAUCUGGCACUCUAGAACACACUGCCGAAAUGGCUGACAUUAUCAACAAAGCCCGGAUCAGACAACGUGCUGUUGUCAUCACCUUACUUGAUCUGAAGAAUGCUUUCGGCGAAGUCCAUCAUAAUCUCAUCCAAUCAGUACUCGACUACCACCACAUCCCAGAACACAUAAAAUUCGUUAUAAAAAGUUUAUACACUGAGUUCCAAACCUCAAUAAUUACCUCCGAAUUCCGCACCCCUUUUAUAUCUGUUGGCCGUGGCGUAUUGCAAGGAGAUUGCCUCAGUCCUCUUCUUUUCAAUAUGUGCUUCAAUACUUUUACCGUCAGUUUGGCUAAUUCUCCUUCAAGCUAUUAA